AUGCUCGUUUCCAUUGCUCUCACAGCUCUAGCAGUACUUCCAAGUACGAAUGCAUUAGUGCGGAAAGAUGGUGUAGGAAAACUGCCAGCGUUAGGUUGGAACUCAUGGAAUGCAUUCAACUGUGCUGUUGAUGAGGACAAAAUCAUGACUGCAGCAAAUGAAAUCGUCAGCCUCGGGCUCAAAGACGUUGGUUACAGUUAUGUCAACAUUGACGAUUGCUGGUCUAUCAAGGAUGCUAGAGACAAUGUCACUGGACAGAUAGUUCCCGAUCCCGUCAAGUUCCCCUCUGGAAUCAAGGGAACAGCCGAUAAGAUACACGCGCUUGGUCUCAAGGUUGGCAUCUACAGCAGUGCGGGAACAGAGACUUGUGGGGGGUACCCUGCCUCUAUUGGCGUCGAGGAACUUGAUGCCGCCACUUUCGCAUCUUGGGGCAUCGAUUAUCUGAAGUACGACAACUGCUACGUUCCUUCGAACUGGACCGAUCAAUAUGUUGGCUGCGUCCCAGAUGGUACCAACGGCCAAGUUUAUGCCAACGGAACUUGUUCUAUUGACAAUACGACAGCCCCCGCAACUUACGAUUGGAGCACCAGCAACACUGCUAAGAGAUACCGGAUCAUGAGAGAUGCCUUACUCGCCCAGAACCGAACAAUCCUGUACAGCCUCUGCGAAUGGGGCCAAGCGGACGUCAUAACCUGGGGCAACGCAACAGGAAACAGCUGGAGAGUAACAGGCGACAUCACACCCGACUGGCCCCGCAUCGCGCAAAUCCUCAACGAGAACAGUUUCCAACUCAACUACGUGGAUUUCUGGGGCCACAACGACCCAGACAUGCUAGAGAUUGGCAACGGAGACUUGACGCUCGAGGAAAAUAGAAGCCAUUUUGCUUUCUGGGCCGCUGCUAAAAGUCCCCUGAUCAUAGGCACUGCUUUGGAUCUUUUGCCUGCUGACCUCCUGGAUAUUCUCAAGAACGAAUAUUUGCUGGCUUUUAGCCAGGAUGCCACGUUUGGGAAACCGGCUACGCCGUAUAAGUGGGGGACGAAUCCCGAUUGGACGUUUAAUGCUUCGAAUCCGGCUGAGUAUUGGAGCGGGCAGAGUGAGAACGGAACGCUGGUUCUCGCUUUGAAUACGUUGGAUGAUACCGCGCAAAGAGAGAUUAUCUGGAGUGAAGUUCCUCAUUUGGAAACGAAGCACUACCAAAGAGACGCAUUCGAGGUCACUGACAUUUGGACUGGUGAGGAUUUGGGGUGUGUGCCAUACGGGUUGAACAAGUCAGUGAACAGCCAUGACACAAUUGGUUUCCUGGUAGGAAAUCGUUGUUAA